CGCAACCUGCUGUAACCACAUCGCUGGGAGGGGUUGACGGACCCGUUAGUUUGCUAUCUCCGCCUGCUCAUGAAGCCUACGGAUAUGCCAAAGGAGGGAGCGGAGAUGACCGAAGAAACUGAGCAGAUGAUUGAGAAAAAUUGUGCUAAAGAACCAGAGAAUGUCGCGUCUCCGGGGGAUGCCAAAGAAAUGCGCGUCGUAGUGCUUACUAGCUUUGGGGGUCUCAACAAACUCCGGGUAACCAAGAAACCGAUGCCAGACCCACAGGAAGGAGAGGUCAAAAUUCGUGUAAAAGCAUGUGGCUUGAACUUUGUGGACCUCAUGGUUCGACAAGGGAAUAUUGAUAACCCUCCCAAGACUCCUCUUGUACCUGGUUUCGAAUGCUCAGGCAUUGUAGAGGCACUGGGAGACAACACAACAGGAUUUGAGAUUGGCGACCGGGUCAUGGCAUUUGCGAAUUACAAUGCCUGGGCUGAGGUGGUCUGUACGCCACUGGAUUUUGUCUACAAGAUCCCCGAUGAUAUGACUUUCACGGAGGCUGCUGCCUUUUCCAUGAACUUUGUGGCCGCCUACAUGAUGCUGUUUGAAGUGGCCAACCUCAGGGAGGGCAUGUCAGUGUUGGUGCACUCAGCAGGAGGGGGUGUGGGUCAAGCUGUUGCUCAGCUCUGCUCAACCGUUCCCAACGUCACCUUGUUUGGCACUGCCUCACCCUGUAAACACGAGGCCAUCAAAGACUCGGUGACUCACCUGUUCGACAGAAACAUCGAUUAUGUGCCAGAAGUGAAAAAGAUCUCUCCAGAGGGGGUAGACAUUGUCCUGGACUGCUUAUGCGGAGAGAAUACUGGGAAAGGCCUGAGCCUCCUCAAGCCCCUGGGCACCUACAUCCUUUAUGGCUCAUCAAACAUGGUAACAGGAGAGACGAAAAGUUUCUUCAGCUUUGCCAAAUCUUGGUGGCAAGUGGAGAAGGUCAACCCCAUUAAGCUGUAUGAUGAGAACAAAGUCAUGGCUGGGUUCUCGCUCCUGAACCUCCUCUUUAAGCAAGGCGGAUGCAGCCAAGUGAAGAACGCGGUCCACAAACUCUUUUCCCUUUACAACGAGAAGAAGAUAAAACCUCUCGUAGACUCCCUAUGGGCACUGGAGGAGGUGAAAGAGGCUAUGCAGAGAAUCCAUGACCGAGGCAACAUAGGGAAACUCAUCCUGGAUGUGGAGAAGUCUCCCACACCUUUGAUGGCUAACGAUAGUACAGAGACCAGCGAGGCAGGUGAAGAGGAGGAGGAACACGAGGGGGACAAUGACAACAAGGAGCGGAUGCCCUUUAUCCAGUAAACCCUGAGCGCCACACUGGGGCCUAAGGAGGACCGGUGGGACCAGAGGAACAGAGACUAUUCCAGGACCUGAACUACGCACCCGUGAAUCCAUGCUGUUGUACAGUGUAUGAGUGUGUGUGUUUGUAUUGUAGUUGCAUUGUCGCCCAGUUUCAUCAACAUGUGACAUGAUAGAAGCGAAAAUAUGAUACAUUUGCAAAAAAAAAGUGUCAAAAAAAAACAACACAAAAAUUCAAACGGAAGUGCCAUUCUCCAAUGCAGUGUUGAAGUAUAUUAGUGUUGUGUUUGUGUGAUAAUCGGUUCCCUUGGUGUCUGGGAUGUGCACUGCUGGUCAGGGUUUGGAUCCUGAUGGGAGAGUGAGUAGCCACAUGAGAAAAGAGUAAUAGCAGAGUGAACACCUUUUUAAAAAAGAUUUCGGUGCAAGAAUGAUGUUGAGUAUGUUUGAGUUAUAAGUGCUUCUGAAACACAUUUCUCAAAUAGAACCUGACAGAAUGAUAGAAUCUCACUGUUUGUUUAUGCAUCUUUGCAUUUAAGCAUUCACGUCCGUUAUGUGGCAUUUAGCAUUUGGCUUAAUCCACCCUGUAGUAGCAGUGCCAUUGUGUUGUCUUGGACAUGUAUAUCUCCUUUUCCUUCUCCCUCAUUGUUAUUCAUUAGAGCCUUUAUUUGCACAUCAUCCCCAGUAUACUGUAUGCUGUGUGAUAUCUGUGUCAUUAGAUGGGUUUUUUUUAGUUAUCUUAAAGGGUAACCUCCUGGCCUCACUCUUUUUUUGAGAGUCAAAAUUGGAUUGUGGCGAUGAAUGAUUGCCUUUAAUUUAUUCCUUUGCACUGUUGCGUGUGUGUGUGUGUGAGAUGAGAAGUCAUGUUUACUGUACCGUCAGGUGCCUGUGCAUGUAGUGCCACACAGAAAUGAUCAGCGCCACUUUCACAUCACGAUAAGCUUCAAACCUGCUAGAACAUUCCUCUCACACAGAAAUCAGAAUAUCUUGAUCUAAAAAGUCAGCUGUUGUGCCAGGAAUACUUAUCUAUGCUUUGUGCAAACCUCCCAACCUCAUAGUCUUAACCUAGGUGUGUCUGGAUCACAGGCUGUGGUUUAGAUUGAAUCACCAAGUAGAAUUACCUCAAGAACGUAGAAUCACUAGAAGUGAUUAUACAUUUUGUUACAAAGGGUUCAACCUUUAAGUGAUGCAUUGGAACAUCAAAUCAGGAACAAUUUUAAAGACGUACACACUUCUGACAAGCCACAUUUGUUUUCAACCAGUUACAGAUGAACUCAGACUUUUGGAGAGCAUUCGAAGAGCAGAACAUUAGUUGUCAAAAUAAUGCUUUCAGGUACAAAGGUGCAGAUAGAUGAUCCAUAUAGUGCAUAUAGUGUGUCCCCUUUGCUUUCGUGAAUUAGCUUACUGUAGUCAAAUUCUCUGUUUGUAUGUGUGUGUCUGAGUGUGAGAGUGAUGUUUUGUCUGAGUGGGUAAUCCAUUUGCCUUAAAAAAAGAAAAUAGACAUUGAAAAACAUUAGCCCUGUAUGGCUAUUUCAUAGGAAGUGCAGGUUCAGAUAGAUAAGACGAUAUUGACAAAUGUAUGUUAUUCUUGUGUUCUGCUUUACUUCUGUUGUUCGUAGGUAUCCUGUCCUUUUCACCUUAAUAAAUGGAUCUGCAGAGCA